UAUUAUAAUUAACCCUCUCUCUUUUCCCUCUUCUCUCUCUAAACUUUGAAGACUCUUUUGAGACUGAAGGCCAUGGGGAGAGCUCCUUGCUGUGACAAAGCAAACGUGAAGAAGGGUCCGUGGUCGCCCGAGGAAGACAUGAAACUCAAAUCCUAUAUCGAGCAGCACGGUACAGGUGGGAACUGGAUUGCACUGCCACAGAAAAUUGGUCUGAAGAGAUGUGGGAAAAGCUGCCGACUCCGGUGGUUGAACUACCUUCGGCCUAAUAUUAAGCAUGGGGAUUUUUCCGAGGAAGAAGAUAAAAUAAUUUGCAGCCUUUAUGUUAGCAUUGGAAGCAGGUGGUCGAUUAUUGCAGCUCAAUUACCGGGACGAACAGAUAACGAUAUAAAGAAUUAUUGGAACACAAGAUUGAAGAAGAAAUUAUUUGGAAAACAUUAUGAGAAACAACAACAACAGUUGGCGAGAAGAGGAAGAAAAAUCAAAUCCGGAAUAGGCAAUUCCAUGGCUAUUGUUUUUGAUAAUCAAGGUAUUUAUAAUAAUAAUAAUAAUAACAACCAAUCGCCUUUCUUGCCCGAAUUAUCACCGGCGCUCAAUUCACCGCCACCACCGCCAUACGCUAGUUAUCAACCGCUUCAAUUCCCUUCAAAUUCGUUCAGCCACACCGCCGGCGUUAUUGAUGAUCUGAGGAGAACCGACAGUGUACUCCGGUUUGGAAUGGAGGGGGCUUCGAGUCAGCCAGUAACGAGCUACCACGUAGGUGAGUUGGAGAAGGUUGUUUACAGCAAUACUCCAUCGUUUGACGAUGGGCUGCAGUUUUCAUGUGAUAACAAUGGGUUGAAUUUGAUGAACGAUUUGGAUUGGGGGGAAAUGAGUUCUUUGAUUUCUGCUCCUUUAUAUCCUUCGAUGAUAAUUUGAUGAUUUGUGUUGGUCUUAGUGUGAGAAUUUCAAAAUUUUAUCUCAAUGUGUACAUGAUGAUUAUAACCCAAUAGGUCAGGAUUUCUUGUAGAAGUAAAACCCUAAGAAGUUUUAGACCUUUUUUUCUUCUUCUUUUAAUUACUAUUAUUACAAUACAGUUGAGAUUUUAUAUGCUUUGUUUUUCAAUCUUUAUCUCUCAUUUCAUUUGCGAGAUAUAAAUUGUGGAAACUUUUGUCCACCAAUUACUAGACACGUUUAUUUUAA